AGAGACUCCUCCAUGUGCUUAGCUCUGUUGGUCGAUAGAGAAGAGGGAGAGGGAGUCUCUUCUUCAUCCUACCCUUCAUUCAUCUUUUUCUCUGGACCACACUGCAGGCGCUUAAUAUUUCCUGCAAGCCAUUUAAGUACCUUCUCUCCAACGAGAAGGCACCUCUCUCUCUCUCUCUCUCUCUCUGACUGACUGAGAGAUGAGAAGUGUUUGCCGGUUGCUGCCGUUCUUGUUCUCCUCUCCCUGAUUUGGGUGCUCUCAUAUACCAGAUCUGAACCCUCUUGUGCCAUUGGAGGCUGCAUCGUUUGAGGUGGUCAGGAUGAGCAAGGAGGACACGCUCAAGGUUCAGAUCUGCGUGUUAAAAGUGAACAUCCACUGUGAUGGGUGCGAGAAGAAAGUCAAGAAGAUCCUCCACAAGAUUGAUGGUGUGUACCAGAGCAGCAUAGAUGCAGAGCAGGGGAAGGUGACGGUGUCUGGCCUGAUGGAUCCGGACACCGUCAUCAGGAAGCUGAACAGGGCCGGCAAGCCCGCUCAGCUGUGGGGCGGCAAGUCGCCUGGCGUGGUAAGCCCGCUUCAGAAGCUGCAGCUUGGCGGUGGUGGCAAGGGCCACAACCAGAAGGACGCCGGCGGCAAGGGCCAGCCCAAGGGUGGAGCGGGUGCUGGACACGGCGGGGGUGGCGGCGGCGGCGGCGGCGUUGGCCCGAAAGAUGCAAAGAUGGCGAUGCCGCAGCCGACCCCGCAGCAGCUUCAGCAACUGCAGCAACUGCAACAGCAGAUGCAGAUGAAGGGGAUGAAGCUUCCUCCCCAGCUCAUGGGCAUGGGCGGCAAGAUGCCGUUCCCGGCGGCCGCGCCGCCGGCGAAGGACCCCAAGGCUGUCAGGUUCAACGUUCCCGAGGAUGAUGAGUUCGGGGACGACGGCAGCAAGUUCGAUGACGAGUUCGACGACUUUGACGACGAGGACUUCGAGGACGACGGCCUCGACGACAUUUACGACGACCCCAAAAUGAUGAUGAAGCCUAUGGCCAUGCCGCCGGCCGCCGGCGACGGGGGCGACAAGAAGGGUGGCAACGGCGGCGGCAAGAAAGGCGGCGGCGGCGGCAACGAGAUACCGGUGCAGAUCAAGGGGAACGCUAACAACGGCGGCAAGAAGGACUCCGGCGCGAAGCAGCAGAACCAUGGUGGCGGCGGUGCGCAGCCGCCGCAGAACGGCAAGGGUGGCGCCCCAGGCGGUGGGAACCAGCCUGGCCAGGCCAAGAAGGGCGGCAGCCCGAUGAUGGGCGGCAUGCCGCCGGCGCAGCAGCAGCCGGGCAUGAUGAUGAUGAGGCCGCCGAACAUGAUGGGCGGCGCCGGUUUCCCCGGUAUGGGCCAGAUGGGCGGCGGGCCCAUGGGCAGCAUGCCGAUGGGCCACCCCCACAUGGGUGGUGGCAGUGGCAUGCAGCCAGGAGGUGGCAGCGCCGCGGUCCACGGCAUGCCGGCCGGCGGCAUGAUGCCUGGGGCUGGGUUCUACCCGGGCGGCGGCAUGCCGUCGGCGCCGGCGAUGAUGCCGGCGGCCGGGAACCCCAUGGCGCAGCAACAGCAGCAGUACAUGGCCAUGAUGCAGCAGCAACAGCAGCCGCAGAUGAUGAUGAAUGGUCAUGGCCACCACGGUCACGGCGGCGCCGGGUACCCGCCGACGGGGUACGGGUACGGGUACGGCCGGCCGGCGAUGCCCUACCCGCCGCCGGCGUACUACCCGACGCCGCAGCCGCAUGACAACAUGUUCAGCGACGAGAACCCCACCAACAGCUGCUCGGUGAUGUGAGCCAAAGGUCGCCGGCUCGCCGCCGCCUGCCAGAGCUUUCUCCUGCUGAUGCCUUGGAGAAAGUGAACCAACCGGAAGGAGGGGAGCUCAGGUCACAGGUGGUCACCGCACCGGUCAGCGUCGUCUCCGUGGUCGCAAUAACAACCUGCCUGUGCCUGGAUCGGUCGGUCAGUAUACAUGAGAAACUAGCUAGUAGUAUGCAGGGUACCAGCAAGCUAGAAUCUCCCCCCCUUUUCUUUUCCCGUUUCCUUUUUCUUUGCUAGUUUAUUUUCACUUUCUUCUUCCUUUGAACAAAAAAAAAAGCAACUUCCUUGGAUGGGAAGGUAGGUAUAGUAAUUAUCAUAGUGGUCAUAAGAGAUGGUGGUGCUCUAUCAAUAGCAGCUCAAGAAGGUGGUACUGCAUUGCCCCCAUGUGUGAUGGCAAAGGCAUGGUAGAAGAAUGUGCAGAACAAUGUUAUUAGCUAAUCUCAAUGAUGCCUUCCCAGUGA